UCAUCCAAAUUAAUGAGUGUCUGCUGUUUAGGCUACGUUCAUUACAGGAUCAAUGGAAUGUGAAGUGCAUCCAUUUGGUUUUUUCACAGGCUUUUCAAGUGGGAUACAGUUAUUCUUGGAUAUAUCAUCACUAUAAUUUGUUGGUAUAAGUGAUAUCUAACAGUGAUAAUAGAGAUAACUUUCAAGUCAUAAUAAAUAAUCAUCUCUCCCAGCAACAACAAAGUAUUUUGUUUGGUUAUAUUGUUGUCAAGUUAACGAAAGCAUCCAUAGAUUUUUGUAAUUUAAAAUAUUCCAUUGAAAUAAACAAAAAUAAGUUACCACCUAGGUAUGAACAAGAUCGCGCAUUUUCAUUCCUUGUUUUCGAAACAUCUACUUAAAUGUGAUCCAUCAUAUUUGAAGCAUCCUUCCCUAGCAGCUAGUUUCUCAACAACGAUGAAAGGGAAGAAAUUCAUUCUGCAGAGACAGUUCGUGGGUGCUCCUAAAGAAACAGAUGUGAAGAUUGUGGAGGAAGAACUGCCACCAUUGAAAGAUGGAGAAUUCCUAUGCGAAAGUCUGUAUAUAAGUGUGGAUCCUUAUCAAAGGGCGUACUUCCAAAAACCAGGAGAUGUUAUCCUAGGUUCUCAAGUUGCUAAAAUCUUGGAAAGCAAAAAUCCAAAGUUUCCUACAGGAAGGCAUGUAGUUUCUUACUAUGGAUGGAAAACUCACCACGUUCUCAACGAUACUCAGGAGGGCAUUUUACCCAAAUAUCUUAUACCUGAUGAUUUGGAUGCUCCUUUAUCACUUUUUCUAGGUUUGUUAGGUAUGCCAGGAGUGACUGCACAUUUUGGUUUUUUGGAUAUUUGCCAGCCAAAACCAGGUGAAACAGUGGUAGUGACAGGGGCUGCUGGGGCGGUAGGGAAUAUCGUUGGGCAAAUAGCGAAGAAUAAACAGUGUACAGUUAUAGGCGUUGUCGGAUCAGAAGAAAAGGGAAAAUGGAUUACGGGGGACCUCGGAUUCGAUGGUUACAUCAACUAUAAAAAGGAUAACAUCAGUAAAGAUCUAAAAAGAUUAGCUCCUAAUGGUGUCAACUGUUACUUCGAUAAUGUUGGUGGUGAAAUUUCAAGCCAAAUCAUGAAACAGAUGAAUGAAUUUGGGAGAAUAUCUGUAUGUGGAGCCAUAUCAGCAUAUGAUGAGUUGGAGACAGCUAAAGCAUCUAUUGUACAAGGGUCAAUGGUCUUCAAUCAGUUGAAGAUGGAAGGAUUCCAUGUGAAGAGAUUCAGUAAUAAAUGGAAUGAUGCUGUCUAUACACAUGCUCAAUGGUUGAAAGAAGGAAGACUGAAGAAUAGAGAAACUAUCACAAAAGGAUUUGAAAACACUUUUAAGGCUUUUACAGAAAUGUUAAAGGGUGCUAACUAUGGAAAAGCUAUUGUUGAAAUUUGAUUGCAAUAAAAAUUAUCUCAGAGAA